AUGGUGUUUAAACUAUGUUACAGCAAUCCAUCUUUUAUUAAUUCUACAAUUCAUGUUGAUUCUAUAGAUUCUAUAUCUUCUCUUUUAACUCUUCCAAAUGAACUCUUAUUAUUAUUAUUUGAAACUUUGGACAUUCCAACUAUCCUUUCUUUAAGUAAUGUCUGUAAUAAAUUUCUAUUAAUCGCUCAAGUUUGUUUAGCAAAAAGAUUUAAAACUUCAAAUCUUGAGUUGACUUUAUUACUUGACCAAGAAUAUCGGCGUAAAAAUCACAUAAAUUUCUCUUUUGACCAUUUUGAUUCUAAAACUGAAAGAUUCGUUUUUACACCAAAAAAAGACAAAGCUAUGAGAUUCAUUAAUUCUCGUAUGAUAGGAUGUCCAAAGUUACGCAGAAUUCAACUCUCUGGUUUUGAUAAUAAUAAUACCUUUAUUGAUAAAAACCUUUUACAAAAAGCUUGUACACUACCUAUAGAAUCAAAUAAUUCCAUAUUACAAAAAAUUUCUUCGGAAUAUAGAAUAGGUCGUGGUUCAACUCAUUUAAAAUCUACUUAUACUUUCACUUACUCAAUAAGUGAUUCCCCACCCCCAUUUACGAUUAGUACUCGACGUGGUGAACGAUGGAUCAAACCCUUACGAUUCGAAUGUUCUCCAUGUUUCUUUUAUCCUCAUGAGCCUAUCGCUCAUAAAAUAAUUAUGGACCUUAUUCAUUUCAAGAAGAAAAAUCAAAAUAAGAAACAUAAUAUGCAUUUAUUAAAUUUGAGUGAAACCAGUUUAUGUAGUAUCGAAUCAGAAAGAGAUGAUGAUGCUAUUACGGAACAAAGGCAAAGGACUUCUCUAACCAGACUAAAAAGAUAUUAUCGUGGUGUUCGACGAUAG